AUGACUAGCUUAUUCUUACGAGCGCUAUUAUUUAACUUCCGGUUGUAAAUCAUAAUUCUAAAAAUGAUUAAUAUUUGCAAAUGUCUCCGAAAUGCAAAAGUGUCAUGUAGAAAAAAUAUAUUUAAUGAAUAUAUCAAAACAGUUUGUAUACCUUUACGAACAUAUUAUGUCGACGAGGCUCCAACAAUUGGUAAAAGUCCGGACAAAACCAACCCUGACUACAAGGAGAACUAUGAGGUGAUGACAAACUUGGUCAGUGAACUUCGUGGAAAAGUUUCGACAAUUCUCCAAGGUGGUGGUGAGAAGGCAAGACAAAGACAUAUGUCAAGGGGCAAAACUUUUACCAAGGGAGAGAAUUAUGAAAUUACUAGAUCCGAGUGA